AUGAAAAAGGACCGGGAGGAGACGGAGGAAUUACUCAACAAACCUGGACACCUGUUGCAGGAAGUCGAGACUGAGGAUCGUGCUUAUGAUCUAUGUGUGGUGGUUCGCGACCGGGAAGUGAAAGCUAAAGACAUGAGGAAAUAUUUAACAAAGCAUUACGUUCGGGAAUUGGCGCCGACGGAUACAACGAUUCGGGAGUUGGUGACAUGGGCCGCAAAAAGCGGUUUGAAUGCGGAGAUUUGGGAGGAGUCCGUAACAGGGAAGGAGGUAGCAAUAUACAUUAAGGGUGAUACAUGCCGGCUUUUGGAGAUAGCUGAAUCGAUCCAUUAUCCUCUCCAACUCUCCUUUCCCGGUUAUGUACAAGAAGCGCGAAUAAAAUGGGCUGAUGGUCAUACCAUUUCUGAAGAUCAAGUGUUAGCGAAUAUGCCAAAAACAAAGAAUGACGAAUCAUUUGUGAAUAUAAAUGUAUUACCGGAUCAUCCAUUACCCCCUACUUAUUUAGAUUACAGUUCAAAGUUAAAAUGGCAGCACCCAUGGGGAACUUGGAAAGAAUAUAGAAUACCGCAAUGUCCUAAUGAAAUAUCAAUAUUACGCGAAGUGGAUCGUGCUCGUUUAUGUUACCAUAGCUUAACUACCUAUCUAGAUCUGUACGAUCGUAAUAUUAUUAGGAUGAACAUAUAUCGUAAUGAUGAUUUACGUAAUCAAUUAAUUUUAUGCUGGGGUAGUUGGAAACACGUGUUUUCUUUAUCCCAACCAUAUGAUCUAAUUCGAGAUUACUUUGGAGAUGAAAUUUGUAUGUACUUUAACUUCCUAGAAUUAACAAUCAAAUGGCUAAUAUUCCCUGCUGCAGCUUGUACGAUACUUAGUUUGGCUAAUCAUUCUCAAAAUUUUGUUCAUCAUUCAAGACGAUUUACAUUUAGUAGGAUUAUUAUAUCGUUAAUAAUGUCUGGUACUGUUACAGUAUUGUAUAGGCAAUGGCUUAGUCUACAAUCGAUGAUGAAGUUAAGGUAUGGGAUAAGUCUAUUUGAAAGUGAGCUAACUACAAGAUCAAUUUUACCAUCAUAUAAAUAUAACAAGUUAAUUAAAGACCCCGUUAAGCCGGAUCGAGAUUUACCUAUAGCUAAUAAAAUGCUUCAAAAUAUUCGAUAUAACAUUUCCAUGACCAUUACAGCAGUAGCAGUAGUUGUAGCAGCACUCUUCGUAAAUCAAGACCUACACGAAUAUGUUUUCGCACGUUACCAGGUGCGUAUCUACAUCGAGAAUGCACUGAAUAAUGCAGCCACUAUUAUCCCCGCUUCCAUUAUAACAAAGAUACCUACGACAGCAAUAAUUACAUCGGCUAUUGCUUUUAUAUUCGAUCAAUUAUAUAAAAUGCUAUGCAAAUAUCUCACACUAUUCGAGAAUCAUAGAUAUGAGGAAAAUUAUCAGAGAUCAUUGAUACGUAAACUCUUUAUCUUUACAGCAUUUGAUUACUUUUUACCACUUUACAACUUAGCCUUUUUCAAGGUUUAUUAUGAACCUUGCUACGAAGAAGAUCCAAAAUACGGUCGAUGUUUAAUGUCUCUAUUGACUCAAAUCAAGUCCAUUAUUGUAAUGGCCAUGUUCGGCAAUGUUAUAGAACUCGGUUUACCUUUCGUGAUGUUUAAAUUUAAAGUUUGGAGAAAAAGUGCGAAACGUGCGAGUGCAGAAUUAUCGUUGGAUGAAUAUGAAAGUACUGCUCAAGAUUUUGGUGAAGUCAUGCUCAUCCUCAUGAUAGGUUUAUUGUUCUCAUCAGCAUGGUUUAUCUUGCCUUUAAUUACGCUGGUUCUAUUCAUGGUUGAAGUCCGGAUCGAUGCGAUUAAAUUAUUGUACCUCUGCUCCAGACCUUAUCCUCAUACUGGACUCAAUAUUUCAUCGUGGAACUUUGUUAUGGAUUGCCUUAUGAACCUAACAAUUGUGACCAAUAUCAGUGUGAUCGCUUUCACUACCUUCGGGGGAGAUCUGCCUCUUACAGUUAAGCUCACUCUUUGCUUCAUCGGGGUCACUCUUUGCAUCGCAACCAAAGAAGCCGUCGCCAACUGGGGCUGUCGACAAGAUAAGAAACUCGCAGAACUAGUCAGUACUCAACAGAGACUCAUAGUCAAUGCAGCACUCAACCCAGCGGACAACACCAACCCAAAAAACAACACCAACCCACAGACCAAUCGUCCGACCAGCCGCCCCCACCCCAAGAGCGAAGUUAACGAAUCAGGAUACUCGACUUCAUCCAACUAG